AUGAAACCGCUUGCGAAGACGAGCCUCGCCCUUCCUAUCCAGGAAAUGAUGCAGAACAAAUUUGCCAAAGAAACCGGACAAUCAGGCCAUGCAGCCACGCAUGAUAGUGAUAAAAUGGCAGCUGUCAAAAUGGGAAUGUUUGGAGAACGAACGAGGACGACAUUUCAGUGGUAUCCCCACAACUCGCUGGCAAAGCGAUUCAAUAUUCCUAAUCCGUAUCCUGGAGCUGAGAUCGUGGGAGUACCCCACUUGCAGAAGACCUCGAAGAAAGAGACGUUGCUGAACUUAGGAUUACCACAAACUGCUAAUGAUCUCGCACAAAGGAAAGCCCGAGAGGAGUACCAUCGUGAAGAAGAGGCGGAGAAAGAAGCCAAGGAGCCAAAAGAUAUCGACAUAGAUCGGCCACCGAAAUCAAUAUUCGAUGCGAUUUUCGGCGAAAGUGAAAGUGAAAGCGAUAGUGAUGAAGAAGAGGAGGAAGAACAGAAAAAGGAGGAAAAGGAAGAACCGAAAGAACAAAAAGAGAUGGAGAAAGGGAAGUUAGAAGAGCAAAAAGAGGCAACAAACGAGGAGCCAAAACCGAAGCCGAUCACAGUGAUGGACAUUGUGGAAGAGGAAGAGGAAUUUGGACCGGCUCCACCGACAAGCAUUGGUGAAACCAUCAGCGGAUUCUCCGUGUUGACAUAUUUGAAAGAUGAGCUAGCAAAACGGCGAGAGUCGAAAAAGAGUCACAGUCACAAGAAACACAAGACAAAGAAGUCCAAGAAAGAGAAGUCGUCAAAAAAAUCAAAGAAAGAGAAGAAGAGCAAGAAAUCUCGACGGAAACAUCGAUCGUCAUCCUCGUCUUCAUCAAGCGAUUCCUCAGUUGUGGAAAUAACCGAUUAA